ACGCUGCACCUCUGAUAAACUUCACAUUAUGGCGACAGUACAAGUUAGUGAGGCUGAGAAAGUGUAUAUUUUACACGGUAUAAGGGAUGAUCUGAGAGUGGAUGGGAGAGGCUGUGAGGACUACAGACACACGGAGAUAGAGACUGAUGUGGUGUCCAACACAGACGGAUCAGCUAAAGUCACACUGGGACACACAGCUGUUCUGGUUGGGAUUAAGGCUGACCUCGGAAAACCGAAGCCCAUGUUACCUAAAGAGGGUUAUCUGGAGUUUUUCGUUGAUUGUUCUGCCAAUGCGACCCCUGAAUUUGAGGGGCGAGGAGGCGAGGAGCUCGGCACGGAGCUGAGUAACACUCUCUACAAAGUCUUUAACAACAAACACAGUGUGGACUUAAAGAGCCUCUGUAUCAGUCCUGGAGAACACUGCUGGGUGCUUUAUGUGGACGUUCUGCUCCUACAAUGUGAUGGAAACCUGUAUGAUGCCAUCUCAAUAGCUAUCAAGGCAGCUCUCUUCAGCACUAAAAUUCCUAAAGUGCACAUAUCAGCUGACGAAGAAGGAGCGAAGGAGAUCGAGCUGUCAGAUGACCCGUAUGAUUGUAUGAGGCUCAACGUAGAAAACGUUCCCUGCAUAGUGACGCUGUGCAAGGUAGGCCACCGGCACGUGGUGGACGCGACUCUGCAGGAGAAGGCGUGCUCCGUGGCGAGCCUCAUCAUCUCCGUCACACAGAAGGGCACGGUCACCUGCAUGAGGAAGGUGGGCGGAGGCAGCCUCGACCCAGAGAGCAUCUUUGAAAUGACAGAGGCAGGUAAACGUGUUGGGAAAGCCCUUCAUGCUCCGCUCAUGGAUCUGCUGCAGCAGGAGGAACGUUUGGGAACAAAACGACAGAAAGUGGGCUUCCUCGGUUAGCUUCAAGUAUCUACAGUCUCUGUGUGCAUGU